CUCUCUCUUCUCUCUCUCUCUCCGAAGAACACGUAUACAUAAUACAACAUAUACACACGAGCGCAUAUAUACAUAUAGAUAUAGAGAGUGAGAGUCGGCCUCUGCCUCCCCUAUAAAAGGGUGAGAGAAGAAAAACCCUCCCUUGCAGUCCUUCACUCCAUUCCCUUCUCUCUUCCUCAUUGUCAGAGAAGAAAACACUCACAGAAACCAGACCUCAUUCCAAUUUCACCUAAUUUUUCCCGACAUUUUCGCUUCAACAAGCUCAGAUAGGAAAUUUUUUCGCUCCGAUUCGUCUCUCUGGGAAUUUGAGAUUACAUAUAUAGUCAUGAGGUUGAACGGUGAAAUCCAUGGAGAAAACGAAGAAGACGAAGAAGAGCAGAGUUAUUUGGUUCGUGGCGUUGGGUUUAAUCACCCACAGAAGCUUGUCGUUGGCUAUGGCUUAACCUCUAAGAAGAAGAAAAGCUUUUUACAGCCCAAGCUCCUUGCUUUGGCCAGGAGUAAGGGUAUAUUCUUUGUUGCAAUUGAUUUAAACAGGCCACUUACGGAACAAGGUCCCUUUGACAUUCUUCUGCAGAAGCUGGCGGGAAACGAAUGGUGUAAUGAAAUUGAGGGUUACAAGCACGAGCAUCCAGAAGUAACCGUGCUCGACUCUCCAAAGGCAAUACAACAUCUACAUAAUCGCCAGUCCAUGCUUCGGGAUGUGGCGGAUCUAGACUUGUCUGAUUACCAUGGCAAGGUCGGUAUUCCGAGGCAAUUGGUUAUCACAAAAGAUCCAUCGUCUAUACCCUUUGAAGUUACUAAAUCUGGGCUGAGUUUACCUCUGGUUGCAAAGCCGCUACUUGUGGAUGGAACGGCCAAGUCUCAUGAACUAUUUCUUGCCUACGAUCAAUUCUCCCUCCAAGAACUUGAACCUCCUUUGGUCUUACAGGAGUUUGUAAAUCAUGGUGGUGUUCUCUUUAAAGUUUAUAUUGUUGGGGAAACUAUAAAGGUUGUAAGGCGAUUCUCCCUUCCCGAUGUCACAAAACGCGAACUAGCUGAGGUUGCCGGCCUGUUCCGUUUCCCUAGAGUUUCAUGUGCAGCAGCUACAGCAGAUGAGGCAGAUCUUGACCCUAGUAUUGCUGAACUUCCACCCCAACCUUUGCUUGAGAGGCUUGCAAAAGAGCUUCGUCACCGACUGGGCCUCCGGCUGUUCAACAUAGAUAUGAUCCGGAAGCUUGGGACCAGAGAUGUCUUUUAUGUCAUUGACAUCAAUUACUUUCCUGGUUAUGGGAAAAUGCCCGAUUACGAGCACGUAUUUACAGAUUUUCUAGUGAGCCUAAUGCAGAACAAGUACAAGAAGAGACCUGCUACUUGAUGCCUGUUGUAUAUGAUGUUUCACGCAGGCGUAGGUCUCCGGAAUCUGAAGAAAAAUAACAUCUAGUUUUAACUUAUGUAACUUUUUUUAAAAUAGAAUUUUGACUUGUGUGCAAUUUACUAAUUGGUAUUAAAUGCCCUUUGCCCAAGGCUCAAAGCCAAUCCCCAUGUAAAAAAGGUUACUGAAGCCAAUCAAGUCAAAUCUGUUUUUGAUUGUCUAUGCUGUUUCUUGGCAAAUGAGCAAAUUAAUUACCAGUUGACGAAAACUUAUAAUCUACAUUUAUGAAUGAAGUAUUU